AUGGGCCUGGUCGGGCAGCAUCAGCUCCGCAAGCAUGUUCUCGUCGCCGGUGAUUGCGACGGGGUACUGAUGCUCCAUGACCGGCCCGCGGUCAAUGUCAAAGGACGCAACCAGAAUAUAUUCCACAUGGUUCUCGGUGGCCCCACGGGGGUAUUCUUUCGAGAGGUGCCUGCAUCCGACCGCAAUGGCGCAGAGAGCGACGAGUGCUGGGAGGAUGGGUUCGCUGGGGAGGACGAAUUGAGCUUCUGGCUGAGCUCCGAUGUGAGGUCCGACUCAUGGAUUGGCGGCUGUGGGGACUUUGGCGGGCGCGACAUCUGUGAGGGCGAGCGUGAGGGCGGGAAUGAGGACAGCGAGGUUCGUCGGGUGGUCGAAGGGGGGGCUCCAGAACCAUUGGAGCCGCUGAGCUGA